CAUGUUACAUUACCUUCAUCUGGCGGUUCAGACGGAGAAAACUAACUGCGCUACGUCUUCAUGGAAAGUGAAACUAAACUUUAACCAGGAAAUACGCAGAGAGGCGCGUGGCUGAGUCAGAAUUCACAGGCUACAGGGUGAGACAUCCUCCAUUAAACCCUAAAGAAGAAGAAGGCUACAGGGUGAGACAUCCUCCAUUAAACCCUAAAGAAGAAGAAGGCUACAGGGUGUUAAAGUGAGACAGACCUGGACGCUGUUAUUUGCUAAUCGGAAGAAACGGAUAGAUUGGACUGUUAUUCGGGCUGCUUGUUGGUCAGAGUCCGGAAACACAAACAUGUUAUAAAUGGCUAAUUUCUGCUGUUGCGCUGGAACCUGAAUACCUGGAUGGCUGGAUAUCAGUCCCAAAACCUCCGGGCUCCAUAUCAUUGAACUGGGUUCUGUGUGCAGAACAUACAGAAGGACACAUGGCUUGUACAACACAGUCGGCCUUAGACUACGUCAGGGGUGCCAGAGUCCACCUUGAGAGAGAUUUAAAUAAUCUCUCAGUGAUUGUGGAGAACUUGAAGCAGCAAGGAGUUUUUAGUGCUAUAGAGGUCAGCAAAAUACAGACAGAGAGAGAUGACUGUGAUCAAACCAGGAGAAUACUGGACUCAGUCAUUAAGAAGGGCGAAGCAGCGUGCUACGAGUUCCUCAGGAUUAUUGACGUGACGAGGAAGAGGACCUUAGGGAGGACGUCCCUUCUCCCUGAGACAAAGAGUUCAGCUUCUACUGAGACCAAGAAGUUUGACCUGCAUAACUGGAUCAGCUGCUUUUCUUUCAAGGACGACACACAGAUGGAUAUAAACUACUUACAAGGCUCAGGGCCGUGCCUCAGAUAUCAGGCGAAGUUAAAGUCAAAAGCACAAAAAAUAUCAAAUGAGUUUUGGAAGGCAAACAAAAAUCUGUUUGAAAGAAACAACAAGCCUGAUCUGUCGUACGCUUCACUCGUGUUAGACACACAAGAAAGUGUUUCUCCAUCUAAAAUAAAGAAGCUGAAGAGCAAGAAGAGCAAGAUGAGUCGCCCUAAAAAGCUGAGGACAUACAUCCCUGAGGACAGACCAGACAUUUCCCCCAGUGAGCUGCUGAAGACAGAUAAAAACAUCCUCUUGGUUGGUAAGCCUGGAAUUGGAAAGACAGCACUCACUCACGAAAUGUUGAAACUUUGGGCAGAAAGAGACAACAAGGAGCUCGACUACAUGUUCUACUUUGACAUGAGAGAAACAUCCCACAUCAUGAUGGCCAAGAGCCUGGAGGAUCUUCUUUUCAGGGUGAUCAGUGAGCCAGAUGAAGGCAAAGAAGAGGUCUUACAGGACAUAAAGAAGAACUCUGACAACGUUACACUCAUUUUUGAUGGAAUCACAGAUCUCUCUUCAUCAGUGGUGAAGAGGGUUGUAGAGAAGGACCUACUACCUGAUGCCAAGAUCAUCAUUACAUGCAGACCAGAUGAUGCAGAAGACCUCCUUUCUGAGGACUUCCUCAGAGUGGAAGUGAAAGGCUUUAGUGAGCAGACCAUAAAAACAUACUUCCCUGCAACUCUAGGAGAAGAACAGGAGAAGGUUUUGAGCAACCUGGAGUUGUUAACUCUUUGCCAUGUCCCAGUGUAUGCACUGAUGGUGGCUGUCUGCUUUUCAUCAGAGACACCAGAAGACUCUCCACAGCCAUGCACUGUAACUGAAAUCUACAUCAAUAUUGUUCGUCAUUGCCUUCAAACAAUCAGCAAGAAAACAAAAACCAAAGAUCUAAAUUCAUUCAUCAACAACAGGAGUGAAGAAAUUCUGUCUCUGGCCGAGUUUGCUUUUAAAGCCACUGAAGGAAAAACUGUGAUCUUGAGAGAACUGCCCUGUGAAGACAGCUGCGUCCUCUCCUUCCUGAAACCUCUUGUUAUCAAAGUGGCCCCCACUGAGACAAUCACCACUCAUGCAUUUCUCCAUUACACAAUGCAGGAGUUUUUUGCAGCACUGUGGCUGCUGAAGAAUCCAGAUAAGAUCGGGGAUGUUUUUCAGCAGAGCCUCAUUGAGGAGAAGAAACACAUGAAACAUCUGAUCCCUUUCAUGUGUCGACUGCUGACUGACAAGAGACCUAGUUUGAUGAAGCAUCUGCUUCCAGCUCAGGAGCUCAAGAACACGUCUGACUGGUUCUUCGAGGAACUGAUAACCACAUUUUUAGAGGCUGACACAGAGGACAGUGGACUUGAUGUGGACAUACUGUUCUUAUGUCAGUGCUUGUAUGAGUCCCAGUGUCCUGAAGCGAGCAUCAGCUUCCUGGAGAAACUGGACUACGCUCUUGAUCUCAGUGGAGAGAGUCUCGAGCCUUACCUUUGCUCUGCUGUGGCCUACGUGGUCACUCAGUCGAAGGAGAGGAAAAUAUUGCUGAACCUGGAGGACGUCAUGGUGUCAGAGCAAGGAAUGAGACGACUGUUAGGAUGCCUUCAAAAUGUCCAGUGGUGUGGUCCUCUGCCACGGCAGCUGUGGGAGAUUUUCCUUCUCAAUGUGGACAGAUGGCAGAUGAACCACAUCAGCUUACUCAGCCUGGAUGGAAAUCAGUUGCACCUUCCAGUUGAGGGUAAAAGACGGCUGUUUGAAAGAGCAGUAAAAGUCAUGCAGAAGAUCACUACGCAGCUUAAUGUCUGCAUCCACUGGGACAGGAAAACUCCUGCCUGCCAAAGUCUGUGCGAGUCUCUCUUAGAGGCUUUGCCAUAUAUCCGCUCACUCAGCUUCAGGAGGACCUACAGAGGUUCAGGAUUACAAGACCAGCAGCAAAGCCAGGGGACACUGGAGAGGGAAAAACAGGAGCUGUUACUGGAUUUAUGCCAGAGAGCAGCACUUUACAAAGGAGAGAGCUUUCAGAGAGUAGUGAACAAACUUCUCUCAUUGUUUUCUGUGAACACUGACUUACAUAACAUCCUUCUUGAUUUUUAUCAACACGUCAAGAGUAAAGGGUGUUCAAGUGUCAUUCCAAAACUGAGAGCACUUUUCCAGUCAGCUCCUGCAGUCUGGUCCAUAAACCUCUCAGAGAGAAAGACCUCCAUCCUCCUGGAAGUGCUGAAACUCCAACCAGAGAAGAAACCAGUGGAGCUGACAGGCUGCUCAGAUGAAGAGAGUGAAGUGAGGAGUUUCCUACAGUGUCUGCCUUAUAUCUCACAGCUCAGUGUCUCUUGGCGGUUUAGAGGCUCAGGUGAAGUCAAGUUCUUUGGGAAUCUGUUCUGUGCAGCAGCAGAGAGAGAACAGCAGACAGGAGAGAAGAUACUGGAGCUGUUAUCAUCAGUGUGCAGAUAUCAGACAUUCCCUCUAAAAGAGAAAUGGUGUGAUUUCCUGCUGGACCUGUACUGUUAUGAGACUAAAACAGGCUUGAGAGUCCUUCCAUCAUUACAGUCAGUUUUCCAGUCAGCUCCUGCAGUCUGGUCCAUAAACCUCUCAGAGAGAAAGACCUCCAUCCUCCUGGAAGUGCUGAAACUCCAACCAGAGAAGAAACCAGUGGAGCUGACAGGCUACUCAGAUGAAUUGAGUGAAGUGAGGAGUUUCCUACAGUGUCUGCCUUAUAUCUCACAGCUCAGAUUCUCUUGGCGGUUUAGAGGUUCAGGAGAAGUCAAGUUCUUUGGGAAUCUGUUCUGUGCAGCAGCAGAGAGAGAACAGCAGACAGGAGAGAAGAUACUGGAGCUGUUAUCAUCAGUGUGCAGAUAUCAAACAUUCCCUCUUAGAUACAUGAAUGAUGAAUAUUAUCGUUGUGGUUUCCUGCUGGAUCUGUGCUCCCACCUGAAGGACUAUGAGACUAAAACAGGCUUGAGAGUCCUUCCAUCAUUACAGUCAGUUUUCCAGUCAGCUCCUGCAGUCUGGUCCAUAAACCUCUCAGAGAGAAAGACCUCCAUCCUCCUGGAAGUGCUGAAACUCCAACCAGAGAAGAAACCAGUGGAGCUGACAGGCUGGUCAGAUGAAGAGAGUGAAGUGAGGAGUUUCCUACAGUGUCUGCCUUAUAUCUCACAGCUCAGUUUCUAUGACGAGUUUGAAGAAUCAGGUGGAGUCAAGUUCAUUGGGAAUCUGUUCUGUGCAGCAGCAGAGAGAGAACAACAGACAGGAGAGAAGAUACUGGAGCUGUUAUCAUCAGUGUGCAGAUAUCAAUCAUUCCCUCUUAAUGAAGAAUACUUGGAUGAAUAUUAUCAGUGUGAUUUCCUGCUGGAUCUGUGCUCCCACCUGAAGGACUAUGAGACUAAAACAGGCUUGAGGGUCCUUCCAUCAUUACAGUCAGUUUUCCAGUCAGCUCCUGCAGUCUGGUCCAUAAACCUCUCAGAGAGAAAGACCUCCAUCCUCCUGGAAGUGCUGAAACUCCAACCAGAGAAGAAACCAGUGGAGCUGACAGGCUGGUCAGAUGAAGAGAGUGAAGUGAGGAGUUUCCUACAGUGUCUGCCUUAUAUCUCACAGCUCAGUUUCUAUGACAAGUUUGAAGAAUCAGAUCUAGUCAAGUCCUUUGGGAAUCUGUUCUGUGCAGCAGCAGAGAGAGAACAGCAGACAAGAGAGAAGAUACUGGAGCUGUUAUCAUCAUACUUGGAUAGUUAUGAUGAUGAAUAUCGUUGUGGUUUCCUGCUGGAUCUGUGCUCCCACCUGAAGGACUAUGAGACUAAAACAGGCUUGAGGGUCCUUCCAUCAUUACAGUCAGUUUUCCAGUCAGCUCCUGCUGUCUGGUCCAUAAACCUCUCAGAGAGAAAGACCUCCAUCCUCCUGGAAGUGCUGAAACUCCAACCAGAGAAGAAACCAGUGGAGCUGACAGGCUGGUCAGAUGAAGAGAGUGAAGUGAGGAGUUUCCUACAGUGUCUGCCUUAUAUCUCACAGCUCAGUGUCUCUUUCUGGUCUAGAGGCUCCGGUGGAGUCAGGUUCUUUGGGAAUCUGUUCUGUGCAGCAGCAGAGAGAGAACAGCAGACAGGAGAGAAGAUACUGGAGCUGUUAUCACCAGUGUGCAGAUAUCAAACAUUCCCUCUUAAAGAGAGAAACAUGGAUGAAGAUGAUGAUGAUGAUUAUAAAUAUCAGUGUGGUUUCCUGCUGGAUCUGUGCUCCCACCUGAAGGACUAUGAGACUAAAACAGGCUUGAGGGUCCUUCCAUCAUUACAGUCAGUUUUCCAGUCAGCUCCUGCAGUCUGGUCCAUAAACCUCUCAGAGAGAAAGACCUCCAUCCUCCUGGAAGUGCUGAAACUCCAACCAGAGAAGAAACAAGUGGAGCUGACAGGCUGCUCAGAUGAAGAGAGUGAAGUGAGGAGUUUCCUACAGUGUCUGCCUUAUAUCUCACAGCUCAGAUUCUCUCAGCGGUUCAGAGGCUCAGGUGCAGUCAAGUUCUUUGGGAAUCUGUUCUGUGCAGCAGCAGAGAGAGAACAGCAGACAGGAGAGAAGAUACUGGAGCUGUUAUCAUCAGUGUGCAGAUAUCAAUCAUUCCCUCUUAAAGAGAAAUGGUGUGAUUUCCUGCUGGAUCUGUACUCUCAUGAUCCUGAAACAGGGUUGAGAGUCCUUCCAUCAUUACAGUCAGUUUUCCAGUCAGCUCCUGCAGUCUGGUCCAUAAACCUCUCAGAGAGAAAGACCUCCAUCCUCCUGGAAGUGCUGAAACUCCAACAAGAGAAGAAACCAGUGGAGCUGACAGGCUGCUCAGAUGAAGAGAGUGAAGUGAGGAGUUUCCUACAGUGUCUGCCUUAUAUCUCACUGCUCAGUGUCUCUUGGCGGUUUAGACGCUCCGGUGAAGUCAAGUUCUUUGGGAAUCUGUUCUGUGCAGCAGCAGAGAGAGAACAGCAGACAGGAGAGAAGAUACUGGAGCUGUUAUCAUCAGUGUGCAGAUAUCAAACAUUCCCUCUUAAUGUCAGAUACAUGGAUGAUAGUAAUAAACACAAAUAUCAGUGUGAUUUCCUGCUGGAUCUGUACUCCCACCUGAAGGACUAUGAGACUAAAACAGGCUUGAGAGUCCUUCCAUCAUUACAGUCAGUUUUCCAGUCAGCUCCUGCAGUCUGGUUCAUAAACCUCUCAGAGAGAAAGACCUCCAUCCUCCUGGAAGUGCUGAAACUCCAACCAGAGAAGAAACCAGUGGAGCUGACAGGCUGGUCAGAUGAAGAGAGUGAAGUGAGGAGUUUCCUACAGUGUCUGCCUUAUAUCUCACAGCUCAGUUUCUUUCAGCGGUUUAGAGUCUCAGGUCAAGUCAAAUUCUUUGGGAAUCUGUUCUGUGCAGCAGCAGAGAGAGAACAGCAGACAGGAGAGAAGAUACUGGAGCUGUUAUCAUCAGUGUGCAGAUAUCAAUCAUUCCCUCUUAAAGAGAAAUGGUGUGAUUUCCUGCUGGAUCUGUACUCCCACCUGAAGGACUAUGAGACUAAAACAGGCUUGAGGGUCCUUCCAUCAUUACAGUCAGUUUUCCAGUCAGCUCCUGCAGUCUGGUUCAUAAACCUCUCAGAGAGAAAGACCUCCAUCCUCCUGGAAGUGCUGAAACUCCAACCAGAGAAGAAACCAGUGGAGCUGACAGGCUGCUCAGAUGAAGAGAGUGAAGUGAGGAGUUUCCUACAGUGUCUGCCUUAUAUCUCACAGCUCAGUGUCUCUUGGCGGUUUAGAGGCUCAGGUGAAGUCAAGUUCUUUGGGAAUCUGUUCUGUGCAGCAGCAGAGAGAGAACAGCAGACAGGAGAGAAGAUACUGGAGCUGUUAUCAUUGGUGUGCAGAUAUCAGACAUUCCCUCUUAAAGAGAAAUGGUGUGAUUUCCUGCUGGACCUGUACUCUCAUGAUCCUAAAACAGUCUUGAGAGUCCUUCCAUCAUUACAGUCAGUUUUCCAUACAGCUCCUGCAGUCUGGUCCAUAAACCUCUCAGAGAGAAAGACCUCCAUCCUCCUGGAAGUGCUGAAACUCCAACCAGAGAAGAAACCAGUGGAGCUGACAGGCUGGUCAGAUGAAGAGAGUGAAGUGAGGAGUUUCCUACAGUGUCUGCCUUAUAUCUCACAGCUCAGUGUCUCUUUCUUGUCUAGAGGCUCAGGUGAAAUCCAGUUCUUUGGGAAUCUGUUCUGUGCAGCAGCAGAGAGAGAACAGCAGACAGGAGAGAAGAUACUGGAGCUGUUAUCAUCAGUGUGCAGAUAUCAAACAUUCCCUCUUAAAGAGAAAUGGUGUGAUUUCCUGCUGGACCUGUACUCUUAUGAUCCUAAAACAGUCUUGAGAGUCCUUCCAUCAUUACAGUCAGUUUUCCAGUCAGCUCCUGCAGUCUGGUUCAUAAAUCUCUCAAAGAGAAAGACCUCCAUCCUCCUGGAAGUGCUGAAACUCCAACCAGAGAAGAAACCAGUGGAGCUGACAGGCUGCUCAGAUGAAGAGAGUGAAGUGAGGAGUUUCCUACGGUGUCUGCCUUAUAUCUCACAGCUCAGAUUCUCUCCGCGGUUUAGAGGCUCAGAUGCAGUCAAGUUCCUUGGGAAUCUGUUCUGUGCAGCAGCAGAGAGAGAACAGCAGACAGGAGAGAAGAUACUGGAGCUGUUAUCAUCAGUGUGCAGAUAUCAAACAUUCCCUCUUAGAUACAUGGAUGAUGAAAAUUAUCAGAGUGGUUUCCUGCUGGAUCUGUGCUCCCACCUGAAGGACUAUGAGACUAAAACAGGCUUGAGGGUCCUUCCAUCAUUACAGUCAGUUUUCCAGUCAGCUCCUGCAGUCUGGUCCAUAAACCUCUCAGAGAGAAAGACCUCCAUCCUCCUGGAAGUGCUGAAACUCCAACCAGAUAAGAAACCAGUGGUGCUGACGGGCUGCUCAGAUGAAGAGAGUGAAGUGAGGAGUUUCCUACAGUGUCUGCCUUAUAUCUCACAGCUCAGUGUCUCUCAGCGUUUUAGAGGCUCCGGUGAAGUCAGGUUCUUUGGGAAUCUGUUCAGUGCAGCAGCAGAGAGAGAACAACAGACAGGAGAGAAGAUACUGGAGCUGUUAUCAUCAGUGUGCAGAUAUCAAACAUUCCCUAUUAAAGAGAGAGCAAUGACUGUUGAUAAACACGAAUGUCAGAGUGAUUUCCUGCUGGAUCUAUCAUAA